GUCAGAUUAUUGUCAGCUACGUGAAAAAUGACCUCUUAUUAGCCAUGAGAACUCAAUAAACAACAGAAAAAGAUCUCUUCAUCUGCAAUCCUGUCGUAAUCUCACCCUGAAGCUAAAUUAUCCAGAUUCUACUCUCAAGAAAGCUUUGCUGUUAUCUGUUCAGGAAGGAGUUACUCAUCUAUGCUGUUUGGCGUACUGGUACUUGUUGUGGCGAUACAUGUCUCAACUGGGCUGAAUAGUGUUCAAAAAUCUACUUUUACGAAGGAGCAGCUGGAUGCAAUGCCGAGUUACGAACGAGCCUAUUUCGACAGAAAUUGCCCCAAAAACCAGGAGUGGAAGCAUUGUAAAAACAGGGGUAUUCCCGAUUGCACAGAUCCACGACCACUACUAAAAUUCGUGAAUAGAGAUUGUCGACCCGGAUGUCAAUGCAAGAAAGGCUUUAUCAUAUCUAGUGCUGGAUGCGUUCGCGAUUGUUCUCAAGAAAAUUGCCCUCGUCCAAACGAAAUUCGAUCCAAGUGUAUCCCAAGGCCAGAAUGUCAGCACACUUGCUUCCCACCUUCGGAGACACCUAUUUCAAUUCGAUUCAAAAGAAUAUUCAACAAAACAUACAAUUGUGAUGAUGAAAAAUGCAUACCUUUUGAAUGUGAAUGCCAGAAAGGUUACAUUCGUCUCCACAACACACCAAGAAAAGUCAGAUGCGUUCCUCUUGCGACUUGCAAAAAACUGAAAGAUCAAUAUGGAUCCUCUCUGCCAUCUGGCGUCAACGUCACAGCUCUGUUCAACAAAUAAUUCUUGGGAACAGAUCGCUACUGCUAGCAAAUACAAUGCACUGCUCAGCUCAGUAAAUAGUUGCCUAC